ACAAACCUGUCAAAAUUUGUAGCAUGUUGGUAUAAAUAUAAGUAAGGCAUGCGGAAGAUUCUUUCCGUUCUCAACAUGGCUUGCAAGAGCUUGAGAGAGCGUGUGGAGUUAGUUUUUGAAAACGAAAAUUUUGAUGAGCUACCUCAAAUUUACGCCGAAUUAAAUAAAAAGUUUAAAUGUAAUUCUGUUUUGCCAUCUACUGACGUGUUGCAAAAACAACUUACUUUUGGUUUUAUCCAAAGAAAUUGCCAUGCAGAAUACUACCUUCCUGCCUAUGUGAAAGCAAAGAAGGAUGGUUGCGCAAUUACGUUGAAGUCUCAGGUCAAUGGAAAUUGCCUGUACAGUUCUAUGGCGUUGUGUUUGUUUGGGAAAAAUGUGAUGGUUGACGACUUACGAAUUCUUGUGUCAGUGGAGCUAAUGAUGAAUGCUAGCUUUUACUGUAAGCAUCCUCUAUUUUCUUCUAUCCUUGCUCUUCCAGAAAGUCUCUUUAAAUCUAUGGAAGAUAUUCUCAAUAUGUCUGUCUGCAAUUCUGCAUUUAACACAGACAAAAAACAAGAAAACUUAGUUAAGGAGGUAGCCAUUUUAAAUUUAGUAGAUCGGAAAUAUUGUUCCUUUCUUGCUAUGCUUGCUCUGUCAUCUGUCACAAACAGGAAUUCUUUAAAAAACAACAAAAACUCCAUCGCCGUGCUAAAAACAUGUUGUCUCGCUCACUAGAAAAAUGUACUUAAGAAUGACCAUAUGAAAUCGCUGGGAGACUGGGCCCCAAAACGACGGAUUUUUGAUAUUUUUGAUGUAUAGGGGAACGGGGCGCGGAAAUCGUAUAGAAAUCCUAUAUACUCUCCACCGUGCUUACUUCUUCUUUUAUAUUUGGCUUAUUUAAUGAGAAAAUGGGCUCCGCUACCUCCGCAAC